AAGUCAAAAAACCUCUCUUAAGGCUUCACCUCACUGGGGUGUACUCUCCACUCGGACGAUAAGAAAUGGAGGCAAAUGUGUUCCCGUUAACGUGCGCAGGCCCUUUGCCAUCGCCCUCCUCCUUGCAUGCUCCUGUCCGUACCCUUCGCUUUAACUCUCAAAGGCCAGUCGGCUCAGUUUUGAGAAGGAGCAUGGGCAAAGAAGAGCCACUUCUUGAAGGAAUGCCAAAGGAGUAUUACGAUGAUGAAUGGCAAGCUCAACAACGGGAAAAGUGUAAGGAGUUGGAGCGGCUGCGUCAGCUGGAAGAUGAAGAAGAGGAAAGAAAGAUUGCAGAGUAUCGUGAAAUUGGCUUGCGCUUGAAGGGAUAUCCACAAGAAGAUGUAAUAAAAGCAAGAAAACUGGUUUCAAGCUUUAUCAGAGCUGCUGAAGAAGUGGAAGAGAAAAUUGAGGAAGCUGCUGAGAAAGGAGAACUGAAUGAACUUGUUCUAAUGGUCAUAUGGAAUCGGCUUGAUCUUGCUCGACGUGAUGAUGAAAAGGAUGCUAUUAGAAGUCUUGAUCUUUUAUACAGAAGGGUUGAGAUGGAGAUUUUGAAAAUGGAGGCCACACCUUCUAUGAGACUGUUGAACGAUCUUUUGAAUAUGCAUGAUGGGUUUGACGAUGAAGGCUGGCUGAAAGAAUGCAAAAAAUGCAUGAUUAAUACCUUUCCACGAGAGGAUCCAUUUAGCAUUCUUGUUCCAGCAGGGUUUGAUGUUGAUAAGCAUCAAGGGCCGUUGCGACCACCACUAGAAGCAGAUGAUGUUCUUUUGAGGGUAGAUUUUGUCAGGGAAGUUGAUUCUUUGCUCCAGGAAGUUCGGCAAGAGGAAAGUGAAGCACAUAAUGUAGAAGGGUUUGAUCCUGAAUCUGUUGCAAUCAAACUCAAGCAACAAGAGAAGCAACAAACGAUAAGGCAAGUAGAGGCUCUGCUGGACCUAGCCAUUAAUUUGAAAUGGUAACCUAGCCACAUACUUGGUCCAGCUUUCAUUCAGUGAAGAGAGACACAACCCCACCCCACCCCCCACCAACCCCACCCCCCCCCCCCUUUUCUUUCUCUUCUCUCCUCUAUUCCUUUUCUGACAUUUGGUUUAUCUCUAACCAAUUUAGUUUGUACAAUGCGAGAGGACUUGGGAAUCAGUGGAAUUAGCAUGUUUACCUAGUUUUAUGUGUGGUAAUAUAUUUGUAUGGUAAUCAUUAUAUUUGAACCAUGCUAUAAGGUCCAUAAAAUUUUGCAUAUUCAUAAACUAAAUGUCGAUUGGAUCCUAUUUGGCUGAA